UUCUGCCAUCCAGUCUUUCUCUGCCUCUCUCUCCCUUCUCUCUCUCUGUACCGCUCCGUUUUUUUUCUCCUUUGCCUUUCCUCAGCAUCCCCCCUCUCAGAGAUGGCGUGUGUCGGUGCUGCUCAGGCGUCCGGGGCCUAACAGGACUCCCUUCCCCCGAAUAUCUGCUGUUAUUCAUUGGGUGUCUCUGUGCUGACUGUGUCUCCCAUCGCUGCUGCCUCUCAGCUCUUCUCCCCCCACCCCAUCUCCCUGGUGUGGGUGUCUGGGAGUUGGGCCUUUUGGGGUAGAGGGACUCAGCAUCGUGCAGAAUUAGCUAUGCCCUGCCCAGGCACCCUUUGACUGGCUGGAUUUCUUCACUUCUGUCCAUCUGCACACCGGCGGGGCGACGUAGGAUGAAAAUCUGUAAUCAUGAUGCAAGGACUGAAAAACCGAACCAGGAGAGCCCUGGGUUUACGAAAGAAAGACAAGGACACAGAAGCAUCGAGCUCACCUGACAAAGAUGGAACUGGAAGUGGAAAGAAAGGAAAUAGAAAAGCAAAUGGGGCUCCGAAUGGUUUCUACGGGGAGAUCGACUGGGACAGAUAUGCCUCCCCUGAUGUGGACGAGGAGGGUUUCAGCCUCCGGCCCGGUGACGAAGGCGAUACAGCUUCCAAAGCAAAGCACUUUUUCUCCUCCAGUGACUCAGACGACGAUGAGGACAGCAAGAAAAAGUUCAAAAUCAAGAUCAAGCCGCUGGUGUCGGACAGUGCCAAGUGCGCCCCUCCAUCUAUGGACGAGCUGAAAGCCUCAGUGGGAGGCCUGGCGCUCUCUCCGUCUCUGAAGAGAAGUCCGAGACGCAGCCCGGGGCAGAUGAAAAGAAACUUGUCUUGCGAGGAGAUUGCCAGACCCAGACGCUCCACCCCCACACCCAGUCCUGCUCCUGAGACGCUGAGCGAGAGGCUUUCACAGAACGUUCCUGCCUUCUUUGGGCUGCCGUCAGAGACCAAAUAUGCUCGAUAUGAUGUGGUUCCAACUGAUGUAUGGGGAGACUCAAGACCACGAUCUGAAUCACCUUUGAGCAGGAGUUUCCCAACAGGAGCUCCUCCUCCUCUUCCUCCCAAAAACAUUCCAUCAAGAAGUCAUUACGGUUAUCCUUCAGACUCUGCUGCUGAUCUACCAAAUGGAAGAGCGGCUCGUAGCUCCGCCCCCAUCUACCUGAACGUCCUAUCCCCCGCCUCGUACCGCGGCUCCCCGGCCCCUGACCUGGACGAUGUGUUCGGCCCCGCGGACAGCCCCCACACCAGUGAAGAGGUGUCUCCCAGAUGGGUCACGUUCACUGACGACAGACCCCCACCUCCAGAUGAACCCGCUCCCCCUCCGCCGCCGGACUCCCCUCCCCCUGACACGCCCUCGUCCACCCCGUCCACCCCCUGCCUUUCCCCAGGCCCGCCGCCCAACGAGCCCCCGCCAUCGCCUCCGCCGUUCUCCCCCGGGUCUCCUCCUCCUUUCACACCUCCAGACUCACCCCCCUCCAUCAUCCUCGGGCCUCCCCCUCCAGAUGAACCAGCCCCUCCCCUGCCCCCUGAGUUCUCCCCCUGUACUUCGCCACCGGUUUGUCUCGAUGAGGAGGCCAUCGAUGAGGAGGUGCUGCAGUUUGCGGAGUACUGCUCAUCGCCUGCCCCCACCAGCCCCGUGCCCCCUCUACCAGCAGAGUGGAGGACGCCUCGGACUGGGGUGACCUCUCCUCUGGUCUUAGGGGGAAAGCGGACUCCAGAGGGGGCGUAUCUGAGAGAUGAUAUCCCAGACUUUGUGGGCUCACCCAGAGAGCUGACCCCGAGCUUCAGGGGCACGCCGCCCCCUCUUCCUCCAACCACCUACAGGUCUAUCAUGUCUUCCCCAGGGCCUUCAGGCAGCGGCCCGUCAUCCCCAGCUCGUCCUGCCACGCCUCAGUCUCGAGGCAGCCCCGUCCCUCCGCCUCCUCCUCCUCGACCUUCCUCCCGACCAAAGCUGCCUCCAGGGAAGCCGAUCGCAGACCUGACUCGGCCGUUCAGUCCGCCAGUUUCGAGCAGCCCCCCACCCUUCGCCCCCCUGGCCCGGGCAGAGAGCUCUUCCUCUAUCUCCUCCAUUACCUCACAGAGUGCAGCGUCCACUCCGACAUUAGGGAGGGACCUCAACACGUCCAACACAGAGGCCUCGCAGCCUCUGGUCUGGUUUGACCACGGCAGGUUCUAUUUAGCUUUUGAAGGAUGCUCCAGAGGACCCAGUCCACUCACCAUGGGACCCCAGGACACUCUGCCGGUGGCAGCUGCCUUCACAGAAACAAUCAAUGCCUACUUUAAAGGCGCUGACCCCAGCAAAUGUGUUGUGAAGAUCACAGGGGAGAUGGUGCUGUCCUUCCCUGCGGGUAUAACCAGACAUUUUGCCAGCCACCCGACUCAACCCAUCCUCACCUUUAACAUCAGCAACUACAACCGUCUGGAGCAGGUCCUUCCCAAUCCACAGCUGCUGUGCUGUGAACCCACGACAGACAGUGUAGACACCAAGGAAUUCUGGGUAAAUAUGCCACACUUGAUGAGUCAUCUCAAGAAGGUGGCUGAGCAGAAGCCUCAGGCGACUUAUUACAAUGUGGAUAUGAUCAAAUACCAGGUUUCAGCAGAGGGGAUCCAGUCCACUCCUCUGAACUUGGCGCUGAGCUGGCGAGGCGAUGCCACCAACACAGACCUGAGAAUAGACUAUAAAUACAACACUGAGGCCAUGGCCGCCCCUGUGCCGCUACACAACAUCCACUUUGUGGUUCCCGUAGACGGCACUGUCGCCAAACUCCAGGCCAUGAUCCCCCCUGCUAACUGGAGUCCAGAGCAGCAGACGAUACAGUGGAAGAUCCCAAGUCUCUCUCAUCGGUCUGAAAAUGGAGGGGUGGGGGCUCUACUGGGCCGGUUCCAGAUGACCGAGGGUCCCUGUAAACCGUCCCAGUUGUCCGUCCAGUUCACCAGUGAAGGAACCACUCUGUCAGGCUGCGACAUCCAGCUGGUCGGGACAGGAUACCGGCUUUCACUGGUCAAGAAGAGAUUCGCUGCAGGGAAAUAUUUGGCUGAUAACUAGCGGACCUGGUUACGGACAGAUCCACCAGAAUCACUGGCUUUUGACUGUGAAGACUACGGAUCCAUCUCAUAGUUUAGAAACUUUAUCUUGAAUUACAGUAAUGGCUGAAAUGAAGCAGAAGAAAAACGUAACACACACACAUACACAUACACACAAACAGAUGAUAUUUGACUUUAUAACACCAUAUUCAGUAGACUGACUGCUGCUGAGUUUAUGCAAGCAAAUACAAAGGAUUAGUUUUGUGCACUUGGAACACUUAUGGGCUUACUUGGAGUAAAAUAUAGGGACACCCUCCUUCUUAGUUCUUGUGGAUUCAUUCGGUGAUCCAGCCUUAUCCAGAGUUUGUUUUUGUCUAACUUGUUGUCAUUGCAAAUGCACUGUAAAAGAUAAUGUGAAUAGAUUCUAUAAUAUUAAAACAAUCUGAAACAAGGUGGAAAAGCAUAGAAAAUAUAUAUUAAAAAAAAAAAAAAAUUAGAAUAUUGUUGCUUAGCUAUGUUUUAUGUUUUACUGGUUGUGUCUGAUUUACACUGCCACCACGAGCCAGAUUUGUGUCCGUUGUAUUAAUUUCAAUAUUAAAAGCGAUCGGUCAACGCACAGUUUCAAUUGACCUGCGGCACUGGACGAACAUCAGCACCGUUGGAAAAAAACAAAAACAAAAAAAAAAACACGAAGCUGCUUUUACACUUGCAGCCUUAGCCUUUACUUUGGCGGCAUUUUGAUGUUAAAAGGGUCAUGCAGAAAGUGAGAUCCCUAACGGGCAUGUGCAAUGCUAAGAUACAUCAAAAUAUUAGCCACAUUGCAGGAACUUUUUAGCGGUACAUUUGUGGUGAUAUGAGCGACGGAAAGUGCUACUUACAUUGGAAAAAGUGUCUGAAACGGCCUUAAAAAAAAUUAGGAUGCAUAAAGACGCGAGUGCCAUAAAGUGGUGGAAAGGAGCUUUAAGUUUCAUAGAAAGAAGAAUAGGGCUGAUGAUUGUAAGAGUUGCCUUGGAUGCUGCAUGAAAACUUGUCCAGCUUGAUGCUUUAGAGAGGAUUAUUUGAGGGACAUCACAAAGAAAAUCCCUGCUUUAUUUUCUUCCUUUUCCACCGUGUUCAAUAAAUGUUCUAUCGUUUUCUAAUAGCAAUAUUUAAGUGUAAAAAGUGUACAUACAAAGCUAUGUUUCAAAUAUUUCUCUGGGCAUAUGGACGUGUCUGUGAUUGUCUCUUAGUUUAUUGAUGUCAGCUCUCAUUAUGCAUCGGGUUCACCUCAUUUUUUUUUUGUUUUUGUUUUUAUUUUACAUGUGGGUUUCUUGUACUUAAAAAAAAAAAAAAAAAAAAAAAAGGUGUUACUGUUGAUGAAAAACUUCAAAACGGUGCCGCAUGAAAUCUGCAUUCGUCCACCACCAUUCUUAUCAAUGCAAUACCGACUGAUCCAUUUUCACUCACUCGUUAUACAUGUGUCACUGUAUUAUCACGCUACGAGAGGAGACUUUUUGCCUUCACUUCAACCUCCGAUCUCUGUAUUUGCUGUUGUCGCACCUUCAGAAGCUCAUUGUCAAUAUAUUUGGCAUGUUUUCAUCAUAUGACGGUUCCAUGCAUCGCUGUAAGUGUUGGGUCUCCUGUGUUUGACUUGCACACAAAACACACUUUACAUUCAUCGUCACCUCACUUAAAAUCACAUUUUAUAGAAUGUUUUAAAGUGUCAACUCACAGUUUGGGCCUGGGUGUAAUAGUUCAUUUAGUUUAUUAUCAAUUCAGAAGGAAAAAAAACCCACUUAAUUCUUCUUUCAGGUGCUCAACAGUAAUAUUCUUGAGUAUUUCUGAAAGUUUUUCUGUUGGUAAAUGCAUACUGUAUGUUUUUCUUUGCCUUAUUUGUAAGCGUACACUCGUCCUUCAGUAUCAGAGGGUUUGUGUAGGUUUAUUUUUUCUACAACUUUUUGGUUGUAUUCCUUUCACUGCAUUAGACACAGAAUAUGCAAACAUGUCAUGUAAAUUUCCCAUCCAAAGAUUUUAAGUAAAUAUAUUGAAAAAAAUCAAUAUAAUGUAAUACCUGUUUUACUUGGUAAUAAAGAAGAAAUAUGAGAC